AUGCCAUCAGCCAAAGCAGAGGAGAGGGGCGAGUCCUCAACCUCCAUCUCCAAGGCAGCAACCUCGGUCUCCGCGAGCUCUUCCCCGACCUACGAGCUACCAUGGGUAGAAAAGUACAGACCAGUCUUCCUUGACGAUGUGGUCGGUAACACAGAAACGAUCGAGCGCCUCAAGAUUAUCGCAAAGGAGGGCAACAUGCCCCAUUUCAUUAUUUCAGGCAUGCCUGGUAUCGGCAAGACCACGAGUGUUUUGUGUCUGGCAAGGCAAUUACUGGGUGAUGCGUACAAGGAGGCGGUGCUGGAGUUGAAUGCCAGUGACGAGCGAGGCAUUGAAGUAGUUCGCCAGCGCAUUAAAGGCUUCGCCCAGAAGAAAGUUACCCUCCCCCCAGGUCGGCACAAGAUCGUAAUCCUCGACGAAGCCGACAGCAUGACCUCGGGCGCUCAACAAGCGCUUCGCCGCACAAUGGAAAUCUACUCCAACACCACACGCUUUGCCUUCGCCUGCAACCAAUCCAACAAGAUCAUCGAACCUUUGCAAUCCCGCUGCGCAAUCCUGCGCUUCGCCAAGCUCACCGACGCGCAAGUCGUCAAACGCCUGCUGCAAAUCAUCGAAGCCGAAAAAGUCGAGUACAGCGACGACGGCCUGGCCGCGCUGGUCUUCAGCGCCGAGGGAGACAUGCGGCAGGCGAUUAAUAACUUGCAAUCUACACACGCCGGCUUCGGCUUCGUGAGCGGGGAUAAUGUCUUUAAAGUUGUGGAUAGCCCGCACCCGAUCAAGGUGCAGGCGAUGCUCAAGGCCUGCUACGAGGGUAAUGUUGAUGCGGCCCUGGACGGGCUGCGGGAGCUGUGGGACCUGGGGUAUUCCAGUCAUGAUAUUAUCAGCACCAUGUUCAAGGUCACAAAGACGAUUCCGACGCUGAGCGAGCACGCUAAGCUCGAGUUUAUCAAGGAGAUUGGGUUUACGCAUAUGAAGAUUUUGGAGGGCGUCCAGACACUGUUGCAGUUGAGCGGGUGCGUGGCGAGGUUAUGUAAGUUGAACAUGGAUCCGAAGAAGUUUGUGGCACCAAAGAAGUGAAUAAGGGGGGC